UGGUUCUUCUUCUUCUCCGUCUUCUCUCGGGCCCAACAAAAUUCAAAUGGAGUCCGAUUCAGAUUCCGACGGAUCUCACGUCUCCGCAACUCCACCAAGACAUUCAACUCCAUCUCCACCACCACCACCGCCACGACAACCACCUCUCGUCGUUUCAAACAAAUCCAGAGUCAGAAUCAAACCCUCAAAAUCAAAAGCAGUCCCUUCCGAACCCUCCAAAUCCUCAUCAAAACCCGAACCGGCCCAACAACCCCCACUCUCCAUCCUCACCGAUCUCCCCUUCCAAAUUCGGCGUCGUUCCGAUUGCGUUCCCGCAAUUUCCCCCUCCAUCGAAACCAUCCCCGCCGGUUACUUCGCCUCUCACUCCGCUUCCUUCACGAAGAUUCGAAGGCCCCUCGUUCUAGAAUCUUCCGCAACCUCUCCUCUCCCCACUCCCCCCGCGUCCGAUUCACGCGCUGCGGUUGAGAUUGCUGAAACCAGGAAGCGGGGAAAGAUGCAGCAUCCCAACCUCAUCGGCGCCAGCGCGCCAAUGCCGUGUCCGAAGUUUCGCACAUGCGGCGGUAGCGGCGGCGGAGGGGAAGGGAACUUCGUGAAGCUGAACUUGAGCGGCAGGAGGAGGAAGUUCGUGAACAAGAGAGGGAAAUUUGGCGGGAAAAAGUACUACAAGAGAGGGAAAUUCAAAUCGGAGCGUGUGAAAGAGGAACAAGAGGAGGGGGUUGGGGAUUUGAAGCAGAGAGGGGGUUGCAAGAGGAGGGAGAUUGAUUGCGAUGCGGUGGAAGCGGUGGCGGCCGCUGCCCGUGAAGAGGCUUCGGAGGAGAACUUGGUGAAGUUGUUGAAAUUGGUUUAUGGUUUUGAUUGUUUCAGAGAAGGGCAGGUUGAGGCGAUUAAGAUGGUUCUGGAUGGAAAGUCGAGUGUGGUUGUUUUGCCGACUGGUGCAGGGAAGUCGCUGUGUUAUCAGUUGCCUGCUGUGAUUUUGCCUGGGGUUACAUUGGUUGUUAGUCCAUUGGUGGCUUUGAUGAUUGAUCAGCUAAGGCAAUUGCCUCAUGUGAUUAGGGGUGGUCUUCUAUCCAGCACUCAGACACCUGAAGAAGCCUCUGAAACAUUCAAGCAACUUCGACAAGGGGAGAUAAAGGUGCUUUUUGUUUCACCGGAGCGGUUUCUGAAUGAAGAGUUUUUGUCUACUAUUUCUUCUUUGCCAGCCAUCUCACUUGUUGUUAUUGAUGAAGCACAUUGUAUAUCUGAAUGGUCUCACAAUUUCCGACCUUCGUUUAUGAGGCUUAGAGCAUCGCUACUUCAGAAGACACUUAAUGUUCGUUCUGUUCUUGCAAUGACAGCAACUGCUACAACCACAACUUUAGAUGCCAUCAUGUCUGCUCUAGAUAUUCCUUGCACAAAUCUCAUUCAGAAGGCGCAGUUAAGGGACAAUUUUCAUUUAUCAGUGUCUUUGGUCAGAAAUAGAACGAAAGACCUGCUGAUUUUGAUAAAGUCUCCUCCUUUUGUGGAAGUUCAAAGCAUCAUCAUAUACUGCAAAUUUCAGUAUGAAACUGAUCAAAUUAGCAGAUAUUUGAAUGAUAACAAUAUCUUGGCAAAGAGUUACCAUAGUGGUAUCACUGCGAAGGAACGUAGCUAUGUACAGGAUUUGUUUAAUUCCAACAAGAUCAGAGUGGUCGUCGCAACUGUGGCAUUUGGCAUGGGACUAGAUAAAAGGGAUGUUGGAGCUGUAAUUCAUUACAGUUUGCCUGAAAGUCUGGAAGAGUAUGUGCAGGAGAUAGGACGUGCUGGAAGGGAUGGGAGGUUGUCCUACUGUCACCUAUUUUAUGAUGAUGAGACUUAUUUCAAACUUCGUAGUUUAAUGUACAGUGAAGGAGUAGAUGAAUAUGCAGUGAACAAAUUUCUGCGUGAAGUGUUUCCUACUGACAAAAACUCCUGUGGGAAAAUCUGUUCAUUAAUCAAAGAAUCUGCUUCACGCAGGUUUGAUAUGAAAGAAGAGGUGAUGCUUACACUUUUGACACGCUUGGAGUUGGGUGAUGUGCAGUACUUGCAGUUACUUCCACAGAUAAAUGUAACUUGCACUUUGGCUUUUCACAAGACACCUCCGCUGUUACUUGCCCAGAAGGUUUCUGCUAUGGCUGUAAUUCUGAAAAGAUCUGAAAAAAGGCAGGGGCAAUAUAUUUUUGACAUUCCAACUGUGGCAAAUGACAUGGGGGUUACAGCAGUUGAAUUAACGAAUCAGUUGUACGACCUGAAGUUGAUGGGAGAAAUAACUUAUGAAAUGAAGGACUUGGCCUACUGUUAUAGGAUCAUUGAAGUCCCAGCAGACUUGUUAUCUCUAUCAGCAGACAUAACCCGAUGGUUAUCGGAUGUUGAAAAUUGUAAGGUAGGAAAAAUGGAUGCAAUGUUUAAUGCUGCAUAUUUUGCAUUAAAUCUAUGUGAUAAGAUGCAAGGUUGCAGUGGUGCCGAUCACACACCAUGCUUGCAACGGAAAAUAUUGGAUUACUUUUCUGGAGUUGAUAAUGCUGAUAUCUGCAAGAAAAUUGGUCAAAGCAGCCCUUUCCUGCGGGCAGAUAUAAAGGUGUUUCUGCAAAGCAAUUCACAGGCUCGAUUUACACCAAGAGCAGUUGCGAGAAUAAUGCAUGGAAUUGCAAGCCCAGCCUAUCCGUCAACAGCAUGGAGUAAAACUCAUUUCUGGGGAAGGUAUACGAAAAUAGACUUUAAGGUAGUGAUGGAAGCAGCGAAGGCGGAACUUCAGAAUUUUGUUGGAAAAGAUACGCUCUAAUCAUUUAGAAUUGAUCGAUUUUAUCAUCUGACAAAUUUGGAUUGCGGUUCCCUAAUCUUAAACAGAAUCCUUCCUAGAGCUGAAUUGAUCCAAGGCCAAGUAAAAAAGAUCAAUUUUUGGGACCUAUCUAGAGGUUGGACUUGAAUUAGGGAGUUCGUGACACGUUAUUGUUGUCGUAAUUGUGGCACCAGGCCAGCACAUGUCUGUCAUCAGAAGCUGAGACAGAAGCGAAAGGAAAUUGAAACUCUGCCUCAUCUGUCUAUUCAUUUGCAUUUUCCAAUCCCUUUUCUAUAUCAUAUUUUGUUGUUAUCACCUUAUCCUAGUCCUAGAGAUGCCUCUGGUCUGAAGGAAAAAGCUUAUGAGCUCAAUUUUUAGUUUCUACUUCUCCGUUCUUCAGUAGCACUCAAUGCCAAUAGCAAAACAUGUCCUUUUCACUGUAUUUUUAUUAACGUACAUGUGAUAUUCAAAUUGUUUAUUCUAUUCUAUUUAA